CGCUGUGUUUUUAUUGAAAGGUUUAAGCUUGGUCCACACUGGGGUUAUCUGUGAAUGACUCACAAAUAAGGAGGAAGACGUAGUAAAUUUCGUGACGUUUAAAUAUUUCAUACUGCGAAGUAUCGAGUUUUUGUUGAAGAAUAAAAAAGUUUUUGAACUGAUUUGUAGUCACCACGCUUUAUGAAAAGUGGAAAAAGAACCUGGAUGGUUUUUAAUUGAUUAUAUAUCUUAAUCAAACAUCAAGCUGGAAUGACAAUAGGUCAAUCGCUUAAUACGAAAGCGAAAUUAGAAUAAUGACCAGCUUGGUUAGAAUUUUAAAAUAUCAAAAUUACGGAAGCCCAUUAGUGCCAUUGCUCUUGCCUAUUCAUAACUUCAAAAAGGUGGAUGGACAUGAAACAAAAUUUAGUUGCCUAUUCAUAAUUUCAAAAAAGUGGAUAAGCUAGUAAGAAUUCGUCGUCUAUUCAUAAUUUUUAACAGAAAUAACAGUACGCAUGCGCAUGUCUGCUCCCAACGAGAGUUCAAAAUGGCGACGAUAAUAGAAACACGGAGAGUGAUAGUGGAGAAACUGUUCAACAAAGGUACAGCUACAAAGAAAUAAUAUCUGUGUUAUAUGGAGUUCACAGUAUAAAAAUUAGGUGCAUUACUUUUCUUUUAAACUUCUACCCCAUUCCAAUUUCUACACUAUGUAGUUCAUUAAUUUCAAUUAUUUCUCUUAGCUUGCGCCAACUAAAAAGAGAUCUUGCAAUUCUCGUAUUAUUUAGGCGGAAAAAGACUUGUCCACAUCAGUUGUUAUAUAAUGUUAUCAAGGUUGAAAUCGGUGGAAGUGGGUCAGCUUUGGGUUACAGAAGUCUCCAUCAGAAAUUGAAAGCAGUGUAUAAUAUCCAAACUAGCAGGGAGAAGAAAAGGCAAUUGCAACAUUUGAUUGAUCCGUGUGGUGUCGCUUUGAGAAGGGCUAGGCGUUUACAAAGAGGAAAGUACGUUUGCAAGGUUCUCUCGCCUUUCUUUACAAGAAAGCAAAAGCUGGAUCGCCUGGUGACUAGCAAUCCAAGUAUUCUUCCGUCAAAACGAAAACAGUUUCCGAUUUGGAAAGUCAACCACUAAUCAGAGAAUCGAAGCAUUCUGGUCCCAGUUAAAGCGCCAAAACACAAUCUGGUGGAUAAAUUAUUUCAAGGACAUGGAGAUAGAUGGGAUCUUGGACAACAUCGACAUAAUUCACAAGGAAUGCUUAAAAUUUUGUUUCCAUGGAUUAAUUCAAAAAGAGCUUGACGAUAUGAUAGAAGUGCACAACACUCACCGGAUACGUCCCUACCCGAAUCAAGAAUGCCCUAGUGGACGACCCGAUAUAAUAUAUGCAGUUCCUGAAACCUACGGUAGUUCCUAUUAUAAAAUCAAUAUCAACCAAGCAUAUCUUACACUAGCGAAGCCAUAUACGACUGAAAAGAAUCCUCUGGGGUGUAAUACAGAAUUCGAGAAAGUUGCACUUCAAUUGAUGAUUAACAAAAGCCUAACAUUUCCGAAUAACGCCGAUGAAGCUAAAAAACUUUUUGUAAAACUUAUAGAAGCCAUUGAUAAUAUAUAGCACACAAAAAAUAUAUUUAUAUAGAAUUUCUAUCUUU